AUGUUUGCUUUUUUCCGGGCAUAUUUCGCAGUUAUAUCUAUAUCAUUUUACGACAGCUCUGUCUGUAGGAAUUCUCUGUAUCCAAGGUUUGACUUGUACUUCUGGUUUCGCGUCUUUGACAGUAAGGGCCCUGUACGUGAGGGUGGAAAUCGAACAGCAAUGAAUAUUUGUUUCGCAACAAAAACUCCAGAUGAGGUGAAGCGAAACCGCAAGAUUCAGAUGAGUAUUGUUGAUUUUGUCAAAUUCGUCCAGAAUGUUCGAAACGUACUUGAUGAAGCUCGUAAUGCGAAAUCUAGUUAG